AACGCCCAUCCCUCUUUGUGUGAUCGGGAAAACCGAGGAACUGGCUAGAGCCGCUGAGGCCAAAAGCGCCGGAGCAGCAAAGAAGACAGAAGAGUCGUGGUCAGUCAGGCGGGCUCUCCCCAUUCCGCCCCAGCAUCAGGUCACAACCAUGUCAGACAAAAGUGAAUUGAAAGCUGAAUUGGAGUGAAAGAAGCAGCGGUUGGCUCAAAUCAGAGAGGAGAAGAAAAGAAAAGAAGAAGAAAGAAAGAAAAAGGAAACUGAUCAGAAGAAAGAAGCAGUUGCUCCAGUUCAGGAAGAAACUGACCUUGAAAAAAAGAGGAGAGAAGCAGAAGCAUUAUUGCAGAGCAUGGGGCUGACACCAGAAUCUCCUCUGGUCCCUCCUCCUAUGUCUCCAUCCUCCAAAUCUGUGAGUACUCCAAGUGAGGCUGGAAGCCAAGACUCUGGAGAUGGCGCCGUGGGAUCUAGACGAGGACCUAUUAAACUUGGAAUGGCUAAAAUUACACAAGUUGACUUUCCUCCCCGAGAAAUUGUCACAUACACAAAGGAGACUCAGACACCAGUUAUGGCACAACCAAAAGAAGAUGAUGAAGAUGAUGAUGAUGUUGUAACCCCCAAACCACCUAUUGAGCCUGAAGAAGAGAAAACUUUAAAGAAAGAUGAUGAAGAAGAAGUCCCCCCUCAUGAGCUCACUGAAGAGGAAAAACAACAGAUCCUGCACUCUGAAGAGUUUCUGAGUUUCUUUGAUCAUUCCACGAGAAUUGUAGAAAGAGCUCUUUCUGAGCAGAUUAACAUCUUCUUUGACUACAGUGGGAGAGAUUUGGAAGAUAAAGAAGGAGAAAUUCAAGCAGGUGCUAAACUGUCCUUAAAUAGGCAGUUUUUUGAUGAACGUUGGUCAAAGCAUCGUGUUGUUAGUUGCCUGGAUUGGUCAUCUCAGUACCCAGAAUUGCUCGUGGCCUCCUAUAACAACAAUGAAGAUGCUCCUCAUGAGCCCGAUGGGGUGGCUCUUGUGUGGAAUAUGAAAUACAAAAAAACUACCCCAGAGUACAUGUUUCACUGCCAGUCAGCUGUAAUGUUGGCUACGUUUGCAAAAUUUCAUCCAAAUCUAGUUGUUGGUGGUACAUAUUCAGGUCAAAUUGUAUUGUGGGAUAAUCGAAGUAAUAAGAAAACCCCGGGCCAGAGAACUCCACUUUCAGCUGCUGCACAUACGCACCCUGUAUAUUGUGUGAAUGUAGUUGGAACUCAAAAUGCUCACAAUUUGAUUAGCAUCUCUACUGAUGGAAAAAUUUGCUCAUGGAGUUUGGACAUGCUUUCCCAUCCACAGGAUAGCAUGGUGUUGGUUCAUAAGCAGUCCAAAGCUGUAGCUGUCACUUUUAUGUCCUUCCCUGUUGGAGAUGUCAACAACUUUGUUGUUGGAAGUGAAGAAGGCUCUGUAUACACAGCUUGUCGCCAUGGCAGCAAGGCUGGAAUCAGUGAGAUGUUUGAAGGACAUCAAGGACCAAUAACUGGUAUUCAUUGCCAUGCAGCUGUUGGAGCUGUGGAUUUCUCACAUCUUUUUGUAACUUCCUCAUUUGACUGGACAGUGAAACUUUGGACAACCAAGAAUAACAAACCUUUAUACUCAUUUGAAGACAAUUCAGAUUAUGUUUAUGAUGUGAUGUGGUCACCCACCCACCCUGCCCUGUUUGCUUGUGUGGAUGGCAUGGGGAGACUGGAUCUAUGGAAUCUCAACAAUGACACAGAGGUGCCAACUGCAAGCAUUUCUGUGGAGGGUAAUCCUGCUCUUAAUCGUGUGAGAUGGACACAUUCUGGGAGAGAGAUUGCUGUAGGCGAUUCUGAAGGACAGAUAGUUAUAUAUGACGUGGGAGAGCAAAUCGCUGUUCCUCGCAAUGAUGAAUGGGCUCGUUUUGGCCGAACACUAGCAGAAAUUAAUGCAAACCGAGCUGAUGCAGAGGAGGAAGCUGCCACCCGCAUACCUGCUUAAAUGGGUUUUGUGCUAGUAGUGGAUUGGGGACUGA